CUGUCUUUGAGAGACACGUUAGCCGACCAAUCAGAGGCCUACUUGUGCGCUCAUCGCCAGCUGGUAAUCCACUGGGUGGCAUUCUGGGCAGUUUUCGACUUCGUUGUGGCGCCGAACACAAGCGAGAUAAGUACACUGGAGCAGACAUGGUCAAGAUUUUCAUCGGGAACCUGUCCCAGAACACUGGGAAGGAAGACGUCGAAGCUUUGUUUACACCGUUUGGCACGGUGACGGAGAGCGCCAAGUUUAAGAACUAUGCUUUUGUCCACAUGGACGACCGGAAGUCGGCCACCAAGGCCAUCCGUGAGCUCCAUCUCUUCAAGCUGGACGGCCGGCCCAUCAAUGUGGAGCCCAGCAGAGGGAAGAACCCGGGCCCUGUGAAGCUCCACAUAGCCAAUGUGGAGAAGGGCUUCGACAAUGAGCUCCGUGAGCUGUUCGAAGAGUACGGCUCAGUCAAGGAGUGCUCUAUUGUCAAGAACUUUGCCUUCAUACACAUGGCCAAUUGUGACGAGGCCAUGGACGCCAUAAAGGGCCUGGACAACACAGACUUUCAAGGAAAGCGCAUACAUGUUCAGGUCUCAAAAAGCAGACCCAGGGGGGGGCCCGAUGAGGAGGAGGACUAUCCGCCUCCGCCAAACAGAGGGGGCUAUUAUCCUCCACGCUUCCCAGGGGAGCGACCCGAGCCUCCCUUCAGAGAGCGCAUGUCCGCUUACGCACCUCCGCCGCUGCCUCCGCCGCCCCCUCCCCCGAGACGGGCGCCGUAUCCCGACCGUGGCUACGGUGAGCGAGAUGCCUAUGGGAUGGUCGACUACUACGAGAAAUACAGAGCCCGUCCUUACAGCGCAGGGUUUGAUGACAGGCGCUCCGGCAACAACCCUCCUCCUCCGCCUCCUCCAUCGGCACUGGUUAGGGAACGCCUCGGAAUGGGGGGCCCCAACCCAUACGAGCGUGCCCCGCCCGCUCCGCCCGCAUACAUGGCUAGGGACCGCAGCCCUAUCAGACGAGCCCCUCCGCCGCCUGCGAUGUCGGCUGGUAACGGGUACCCCUACGAGCGGUCCCGGCUCUCCCCGCUGUCCAGGGCUCCGAUGUAUGCGGCUCCGAUGUAUGCAGCUCCCCGGCCCAGGGACCCCUACUCAGAGGGGGCCCCACCACCGCCGCCACCACGAUACGCAGGCUGGGUGACAGCAGCAAGCUUGAGUUGGGAGGGGGAACCAGAGGACAGUGUGGAGUUGAUGGUGUUUGUGAUGAGAGGGGAGAGUGAGGGGAGGCAGGCCUUGACUAAGGAAGAGGGGAAGGGGUCAAGGGCACAGGUGGUGGUCUUCAUGCUGGAGAUUAUGGAGGAGAGGUCCGUUUCAGUGAUUAAACCGAAGGAUGAGAGUGAAUGGAUUGGAAGAGGUGGAGAUGGUGUCCAUGGGCUUGAGGAGUUUGUUGAUAGUGGAGAAAAGCGUUUUGGGGUUGCUGGAGUCAGAUUGGAUGAUGGAGGAGUAGUGAGAGGAGCGAGCGGUGUUGAGGGCAUCUUUAUAAUGUUGUUGAUGGAGUUUGAAGGCAUCAAGGUGAACAGUGAGUCCAGUUUUAUUGGCAAAACGUUCCAGUUGACGGCCUUGCACUUUGAGGUGGCGAAAUCUCUAACAAUGGUAAAGAUUUUUGUGGGAAACCUGCCACGUGAGGCGGACCAGGAGGAAAUCAAGGCUCUCUUUAAUGAGCACGGCACGGUCACAGAAUGUGCCAUCAUCAAGAACUACGCCUUCAUCCACAUGGACGACCGCAAGGCCGCCACCAAAGCCAUUAAGACUUUGCACCUCUACAAGCUUCACGGUACACCAAUCAACGUGGAGGCCAGCCACGGGAAGAACCAGGGCUCCAUCAAACUGCAUGUAGCUAACGUAGAAAAGGGUGUUGAUGACGAGCUCCGUGCUCUUUUCGAAGAGUACGGCUCAGUCACAGAGUGCGCUAUUGUUAAGAAUUUUGCUUUUGUACACAUGUCCAACUCCGACGAGGCCAUGGAUGCCAUUAAGGGACUGGACAAUACUGAAUUUCAAGGCAAACGCAUCCAUGUCCAGAUUUCUAAGAGCCGUCCCAGACAAGAUGAACGGGAAGACUACCCCCCCCCUCCUCCAGACAGGGGUGGCUAUUGGCCCCCUCGCUACCCAGGAGAGAGGCAUGAGCCUCCCCCACCCAGCUACAUGAGAGGCCGUCUCGGCCAUAUGCCCCCAGGUUACCCCGCCCCUCCUCUGCCACCACCUCCCCCUAGACGAGCAGUUUAUCCUGAACGUCCCUAUGAGGGUGACAGGGAAAGAUAUGGCGUGGUAGAUUACUAUGAAAAGUACAGAGCCCGUCCGUACGGCAUGGCCGCCUACGAAGACCAACGUGCCGGUGCCCCUCCUCCUCCACCUCCCCCCUCAGCCGUUGUCCGAGACCGUCUUAUGCCCUCGUCGCUUGAUCCGUAUGAGCGUCGUCCCCUGCCACCCCCGCCGUCCUCGUACUACGCCCGAGAACGCAGUCCCCUACGGAGGGCGCCCACUGCGCCAAUGCCCCCCGCUAAUAACGGCUACUCCUAUGAGCGCUCCCGACUCUCUCCGGUUUCCCGGGUCCCGGCAUACGGAGUUCCACGCGCCAGGGACCCCUACGCAGAACGGCUGCCUCCGCCACCACCUGCACGCUACGCUUAUUAAGCAAGGCCCGGGCAUGUAAAGGAUCGUCGUCAACUGCGUCGCCGCUCGCCGCCUCCUGAUGCACGUGACACUAUCCUCUCCCUGUCUGUGGCUGAGCGCGUUGCGUUCCACUGCGAUGCUCACAGGAGGAAACCGAAUUACCGACGUCCACGUCUGUUUUUUGUUUUUAUUAAUUUUGGACAGUUUUUACUCGUUUCCUCCCCCCCCCCCUCUGAUUGUUUUAGUUUGUCAUUGUGCUAUAGUAUUUUUUUUUUUAUAUGCUUAACGUCUGAAUUAGGCGAUUUUUUUUUUUUAUUUUGUACAUUUCCGUUUGGAAAAAGUAGUGUUCUGAUGUUGUGUGUGACCGUAGGACGCUGAUCCUUCCAGUAGCAUUCUAGGCGAUACUUGUGACUGUAGAUUUAACUGAACUAAAUAAUGGUAUUAAAUUAAAUCUGCACGUUGGUUCCAUAAUGUUCCGCUUUCCCUUCGAAAACCAAACCGCCAUGUGGCGUUGCUGUGAAACUUCGAACUGCUAAGACGUAUGGGUUUGACAAAUGUAGAACGUAAUUAUUCAUAGGACGGUUAUCGCAAAGCGUUCACAUGUACCUGUCCAUUGUCGAACUUGUUUUUAAUAAACGGAUUUGUGCAGUAAUGUUGUUCA